CGUUAGUGUUUGCGCAUGAAUAAUAAAAUUGUGUCCUCUUCUCUCGCUCUCUCUCCUCUUUCGCUUGUUUCUCUCUCUAGGGCUUUGGGGUUUCUAAGGAAACUUUGUUAAAUAUGCAGCUGACACUUGAGUUCGGAGGGGGGUUGGAGCUUCUUUGUGACUCUAAGAAGAUUCGUAAUAUCAACAUCGAACAACAAAAUGGUGAAGACAAGUUAAUCAUGAAAGAUUUGCUUUCUUGGGUGCGGACCAACUUGAUUAAGGAGAGGCCUGAAAUGUUCAUGAAAGGAGAUACUGUGAGACCUGGAGUUCUUGUUCUUGUGAAUGAUUGUGAUUGGGAACUAAGUGGUCAGCUGAAUACAUCACUGGAAGAGAAAGAUGUGGUGGUUUUUAUAUCAACCUUGCAUGGUGGGUAGUAUGUAGGUGAUCAAACAUUUGAUGAAGUGAUUAUUAUCGUGUGAUAAACACAGUUGUUGAAGUCAUUGGUGAACUAUGAUAGUUAAAAUUUGGCAAUGUAAUGGGUGAAUCAACUUACAUAGGGUAGUACGGCAUAUGCCUUGAACAGUCUGUACUUCCAUUGUAAUAAUCUUGGUAUUAUACUUUAAGGUUUUUGGCAAGGACGUGAAACUUGUAUGACAUUAACAAAGUAAAAUUUGGUUACUUGGAUGAUGGAUCUUAGGUCUGAUCCACAUGUUCA